AGGCGUGGCUAGAAUCUGUCAUGGCGUCUUCCUUGAAAGCGACUUGGAUCACGGAAUAGCAAUAAAUUCAACUUUUGUUUUUCCCAGCGACAGAGUGUGUUACAGCUUUCGGAAGGGGUGAUACUCAGUGGGAGUGAGAAGCCAGCAUGGGGACGGUGCACGCCAGGAGCCUGGACCCCCUGCCCAUGCACGGGCCGGACCUGGGGCUGCACCCCGAUGACGCGGAGCUCGUGGAGGCCGAACCCGAGACCAAGCAAGAGGUCCUCGAGAACAAAGAUGUCAUAGUCCAGCGUGUGCACAUAGAUGGCUUGGGAAGAACUAAAGAGGAUCUGCUGGGAUAUGAAAUUGCUGAUGUCUUCAUGGCCAAAAACUUAAUUGAUGUCAUGAAGAAAUCCCAUGAAGCCAGGGAGAAACUGCUGCGUUUGGGAAUCUUCCGCAAAGUCGAAGUAGUCAUUGACACCGCAGAGGGAGAAGAUGCUCUACCAAAUGGUCUAGAUGUGACUUUUGAAGUGACUGAGCUGAGGAGACUGACUGGAAGCUACAACACAAUGGUCGGCAACAACGAAGGGAGCAUGGUCCUGGGGGUUAAGCUGCCUAACAUUUUUGGCCGUGCGGAAAAGCUGACCUUUCAGUUCUCCUAUGGUACCAAAGAGACAUCUUAUGGGCUGUCAUUCUUCAAGCCUCAGCUGGGACAUUUUGACCGCAAUAUCUGUGUGAACCUGUACAAAGUCACUGGGCAGUUUCCAUGGAGCUCCCUGAGAGAGACAGACCGUGGAAUCGCCACAGAGUUUAAUUUCCCCAUCUGGAAGACCAACCACACACUCAAGUGGGAGGGGGUGUGGCGAGAGCUGGGCUGCUUGGCACGCACUGCCUCCUUUGCUGUCCGCGAAGAGAGCGGCCAUUCACUGAAGUCCUCACUUUCGCAUGCCAUGGUUAUUGAUACUAGGAACUCUGCUAUCCUCCCCAGAAGAGGUGCCUUGUUCAGAAUCAACCAGGAGCUGGCCGGUUACACGGGUGGCGACGCCAGCUUCCUGAAGGAGGACUUUGAAAUCCAGCUUAACAGGCGGCUUUUCUGGGACUCGGUCCUCUCUGCCUCACUGUGGGGUGGUAUGAUCCUGCCUGUUGGAGAUAAGCCUGCCUCCAUUGCUGACAGGUUCUAUCUAGGUGGUCCUACCAGCAUCAGGGGAUUCAGCAUGUACAGCAUUGGCCCGCAGAGCGAAGGUGACUACUUGGGAGGGGAGGCAUACUGGGCUGGUGGGUUGCACCUCUACACUCCUCUCCCUUUCCGUCCGGGCCGUGGCGGAUUUGGAGACCUCUUCAGAACACACUUUUUCCUUAAUGCCGGAAACCUGUGCAACCUCAAUUACGGUGAAGGGCCAAGGGCUCACUUGCAGAAGUUAGCAGAGUAUAUCCGCUGGUCCUAUGGUGCUGGCAUUGUGCUGCGUCUUGGGAAUAUUGCCAGGCUGGAGCUCAACUACUGCAUUCCCAUGGGAGUCCAAAUUGGAGACAGGAUAUGCGAUGGUGUCCAGUUUGGAGCAGGAAUCCGGUUCUUGUGAUGUCCCAGUUCCUGGACCAUAGCAUUUCAAGGAAGGGAAGAUGUGACGCUUUACCUGUCUUGAGUGUAUCACUCCUAGACUGGUCCUAUCACACCUGAACUGCAGAAAACCAGCAGCAGUGCCAUCCAUGUCUUUGUAAACAGAACUGAGCAGUCACCACUUUGCGCUUGUACCCACCACUCUU